AUGGCGCAAAAGGCGAAGAAGGACCUCGCCAAGAACAACGCCGCCGCCCUCAACGGCCUGCAUCUCACGGGCCUCGUCGUCAACACCAUCUUCCUGGUGUGGCACUUCCUCGUCGCCCCGCGCUCGCUGGUCGCCUACGGCCUCUUCUCCACCCCGGCCUUCAUCUGCGAGUACGUGCUCGAGGCCUCGGGCCGACCCAAGUAUGACCCGGCAACCAAGGCGCUGCGCAGCUCCGGCGAGGACAUGGGCGCGCGCGGCCUGACGGAGUACAUGUUCGACGUCAUCUGGGUCACCUGGGCCUGCGCCGUCGUGGUCAUGUUCGCGGGCAACUGGGGGUGGUUUCUGUGGUCGGUGAUUCCCGCGUACGGCAUCUACCUCGGCUCCGGGCUCCUGGGCAUGGGCCGCCAGAAGAUGGCCGAGAUGCAGGGCGCCGGGGCUCCGGGUCAGGGCGCGGCACCUCAGGGGAACCGCCGUUCGAGGAGGACCGCAUAA